AUGGCUGCUAAAACAAAGACUGCUGUAGUACAACCAUCGAAAUACGUACAACCAACUCCAGCUGAUGGCAAAAACGUAAUAGGCGUAGCACAUAUUUACGCUAGUUUCAAUGACACUUUCAUUCACGUUACAGAUAUUUCCGGUAAAGAAACUUUUGUGCGAGUUACUGGUGGUAUGAAAGUUAAGGCUGACAGAGACGAAUCCUCCCCAUACGCUGCUAUGCUUGCCGUCCAAGACGUUGCAAACCGCUGCAAAGAACGCGGCAUUACUGCUGUCCACGUUAAAAUUAGAGCCACUGGAGGUCUUAAGCAAAAGACAACUGGUCCAGGCGCCCAAGCUGCUCUUCGUUCUCUAGCUAGAAACGGUAUUAAAAUAGGCCGUGUUGAAGAUGUCACUCCCAUUCCUUCAGAUUCCACUCGUAGAAAAGCUGGUCGACGUGGUAGAAGACUCUAA